AUGGAAAGUGAGGACACAAAGAAAACACAAGAAGUGAAGACUGACCUGAACUUAUUAUUGGAGUGUCUGAAGUAUCAAAUGGACAAUGCUUUUUCACAAAAGGAAGCUUUGGUCACUAUUCAUUCAAUUUGCCAACAAAACAGUGAUGCAGGUCUUUAUUUUCGGGAAAUUGGUGGUUUGAUGUUUGUAAAAAAUCUUGCAAAGUCAAGUGAACAUAGUAUGGUAAAAGAAGCAGCCUUAUAUACAUUAGGAGCUGUUGCAGAACAAAAUGUUUACUGUCAGCAGACUUUGUGUACUUCAGAAUUGUUUGAAGACUUAACUUGGUUCUUAUCUAACAGUGAUUCAAACACAAAUCUGAAAAGAAUGUCUGUCUAUGUUAUUUUGGUUCUGGUUUCAAAUAACAGGACUGGACAGACACUUGUGAGAGAAACAGGUUGUAUUUCAGUUCUAUCACAGUUGUUCAAGACUGUUCUUUCAAAAUAUGAGUUGAAUUUGUCAGAUGAAAGUGCUUUGCAGAGUUAUCAGUUGUGGUCUUCAGUGUGUAGUACUCUGUGUGUCUGUGUCAACAAUCCUCAAAAUGAUGAAAAUCAAAUGCUUUGCUGCUCACUUUUUACGCAUGCUAAUGACUGGCUGAUAAAUUGCAUGAAAGCUGAGAUAAUUCGCCCUAUUUGCUCAUUUAUUGGACUCACUCUUGCAAAUAACACUUAUGUUCAGAAAUACUUUAUAUCUGUGGGUGGACUGGAUGUAUUGUCUCAAGUUCUUGUGCAACUGGAAUCUGAUUCACACAAGACUCCUUUCAGUGCUAAGCUUGCAGUGGUGGUGACAAAGACAGUGGAUGCAUGCAUUGCUGAUAAUCCUACUUUUGGUGUUGUAUUAUCCAAGUACCACAUUGUUUCAAAACUUCUGGCAUUGCUGCUUCUUGACAGUCUGGAUUCAGGAGAAAAAUUUAGUGUCAUACUUACGCUUGGUCAUUGUACAGAGGAUUGUGAGGAAAAUCAGUAUGAUUUUUUUAAAAACAAUGGCCUUCCACUCAUGAUACAAGCCUUAACUGAAUCUCAGAGUGAGGAACUAAACAAAGCUGCCACUUUCGUGCUUCACAACUGCAAAAAAAUUACUGAGAAGUUAUCUCUAAGUCUAGGAGAAUAUUCUUUUGAUAAAAAUGAAGAGCAUUUAAAGGACAUAAAUAUGAAAGAGAAGAAUCUUGAAGAUUACUGGAAGAAAGCAAAGGAAAUUUUACACAGAAUAGAAGAACUUGAAACAGAAGGAAAUGAGGAAAAUAUACAAGGAGAGAAUUAUAAGAAUAAUGUUUCAUCUAUGAACAUAAAUAUUCAAGAUACACUGAAACACCUCCAUGCGGAUAGCAGCGGUGGUGUUCCCAAAGCAGAAGAUAAAGAUAAAAGCCAGGCUAGAAAGCUACAUGGUUCUAAGUCCCAUAAAGUCAUGUCUAAAGCAUGUACAAAUGAUGAUCAAGUGAAGAUGGUGUUAAGGAGUGCAAAUCCAGUUAAUGCUUGUUAUAGGGAGAGUGGGCAAAAUAAGACUUUAUGUACAGCCAAUUCAAGCUGCAAACAAAACCUAUGUGAAGAAACAACUUCUGAAAAAAAGAACUUUGUUUCUCAGUCAAGAGACCAAAUUUUUAAACACCCAACUCCUAUUGCCAAAAACACAAAGCAGCAAUUACCAGUAACAGAUCCAUUUACAUUAUGUUCAGAUAUAAUAAAUAAAGAAGUCAUCAGUUUUCUAGAAACAGACAAUUGUUCCAAAAUGUUGAGGUACAGAUGUUCAGGUUGCAUAGCAGUAGGAAAAUCCUUGAAUAGUCGAAAUUUUAGCAAGCUCUUGCAUUGUUGCCCAUACCAGUGUGAUCGUCACAAAGUCAUUGUGGAAGCUGAAGACAGAUAUAAAAGUGAACUAAGGAAAUCACUUAUCUGUAACAAAAAAAUUCUGCUGACCCCACGUAGAAGACAUCAACUCAGUAGUGAAUCUACUACCCCUGGAAGAAUAAAGAAAAGAAGAAUUCGUAAAAACUUUACCAAAGAAGAAAUAAAUUACCUUUUCAAUGGAGUUAAGAAAAUGGGAAAUCACUGGAAUUUAAUUUUGUGGUCUUUCCCCUUUCAGCAAGGACGGAAGGCUGUGGACCUUGCUCACAAAUACCACAAGCUGACCAAAUGCCCCAAGUGUGUGGCUCCUUGA